AUGGGGAAAAGACGAAAACUACAAGACAUCUACACCGAGCUUUGCAUUAUAGAAGGUACUACAGGAGUCAACAAUGUUCAUGAAGUGGCAGCAAUGCAAUUGAGACAAAUGGAGACAAGGACAUGCUCUGGGAACUCAGUAGAGUUGUCAAAUAUAUUCUCUGACCACUACCAAACAGACGAACCUGCUAAAAAGGUCUUGACUUUGGGAAUAGCUGGUGUGGGGAAAACAGUUGCAGUGCAAAAAUUUGUCUUGGACUGGGCAGAAAACACAAAUUAUGAGGACAUAGAACUUGUUUUUGUUCUUCCAUUUCGAGAGCUGAACAAGCACAAAGACGACAACUGCACCCUCUCUGACCUUCUCCUUAAAUUUUACCCAGAACUUGAGUUGAGAGAAUCCACUAAAUUAAAAGGGGCAGUUCUUUUUGUAUUUGACGGUUUGGAUGAAAGCAGACUCGAGCUAGACUUGAAAAAGUUCAUCUGUGACCCAAAAGAAAAAUCACCGGUCGCCAUACUAAUUACAAGUCUGAUCACUGGUAAGAUGUUGCCCUCAGCAUUCAUCUGGGUUACAACGAGACCAGCAGCAGCCAAGAAGGAUCUGUGUGACCUCUUUGACCGGGUGACAGAGGUCCAAGGCUUCAAUGAACACCAAAGAGAGGAGUAUUUACAAAAGAUCAUUCCAGAGAAAGCUGAACAAGUCAUAACACUCCUAAAAAAAAUGAGAAGCCUCUACAUUAUGUGUCAAAUCCCAGUCGUCUGCCAGAUUACAGCAAUUGUGCUUGGAGAAACAAGAGAAGAGCAGAAGGAAAUACCGAAAAAUUUGACUGAAAUAUACACACAGUUCUGUGUUUUUCAGAUCAACAGAAUGAAUGACAGAUACCCGGAGGACAAGAAGAUGAGUGCAGAGGAAAAAGGGCAGCUCCUUGUUAAACUUGGGAAACUGGCAUUCAAAUAUUUGGAGAAAGACACCCUAAUAUUCUAUGAGAAGGACCUUGCAGAGUGUGGCAUUAAUUUAAAGUUAGGAGCACAGCAGUCUGGACUUUGUACACAGAUCUUCAAAAAGGAAAAUACUAUAAGUGGAGAAAGCAUGUUCAGCUUUGUGCACUUGACUGUACAGGAAUUCCUGGCUGCUUUAUACAUGCUCCACAGCCAUGCAACUGACAAGGUGAAUCUCCUCAUUAAGACUUGGAGUAUGGAGUGGAUUUUCUGGUGGUUCAAAAAUUCAAGGUUUGACCUCUACAAGAUGUCUCUGAACAGAGCUUUACAGAGUCAGAAUGGACAUUUGGAUCUUUGUGUGCGCUUCCUUCUCGGACUGGCUCCAAUGUUGGAGCCGAAAAUAACCCAUCCCCUGAAUUUGUGGCUCCCAAAGUUAGCUGUCAGAGAUGUGAGCAUCAAGAAAACAGUUCAAUACAUCAAAGAAAAGAUCGGGGAAGACAAGUCACCAGAGCGGCUCAUCAACCUCUUCCAUUGUUUGAAUGAGUUAGGGGACAAUUCACUGGUUGAAGAGAUCAACAGGAAGAUGAAAUCAGCAGGUAAGGAGAUGAACCUGACUCCAGCUCAGUGUUCAGCUCUGGCUUAUCUGCUGUUGAUGUCAGCUGAAAAAUUGGAUGAGUUUGAUCUGAAGAAAUACCUGAGAUCAGAGGAAGGGCUCCGCAGAAUGCUUCCUGUCGUGAAAGUCUCAAAGAGAGUUUGGCUAAAUCAAUGUCACCUCUAUAAAGAAAGCUGUGAAAUGAUGGCAUCAGUGCUAAAAGGAUUCCAGAGUUCAGAGUCCCAUCUCAGAGAACUGGACAUGAGUGGCAAUGAUCUGCAGGAUGAAGGAUUUGACCUGCUCUGUGAGGGACUGACACAUCCUCGAUGUAAGCUGGAGAAACUGAGACUUGCAGACUGCAACCUAUCACAGAGGUCAUGUAAGAUUGUCACUUCAGCUCUGCAGUCUGAAAACUCCCCCUUAAGAGAUGUGGACCUGGGUGACAAUGACCUGCAGAAGUCAGGAGGAUUGCUGCUCUCUGCUCUACAGAGUCCAAACUGCAAACUGGAGACACUGAGACUUGCUGGCUGUAAACUGACUGGAAGGGUUUUAGCCUUGACUCUUCAGGGGGCAAACCCCCACCUGAGAGAGCUGAACAUCAGUGACAGCGAGCUUCAGGACUGUGAAGGAGAACUGCUCCAACAACCACUAAAUCAAGACUGUAAAAUCAGACUGAUUGGCUGUAAUCUCACACACACCUCCAGUGCGGUCGUAACGUCAGUUUUGCAGUCAUUUAUUUCUCAACUGAGUGGGUUGGACAUGAGUGGCUGUGAUCUUCAAACAUCAGAAGAAAAGCUGCUUUCUGGUCUUCGAAACCCAAACUGCCAACUGAAAACACUGGGACUUAAAGGCUGUAAACUUACAGAUGAGUCCCAUAAGAUUGUGGCCUCAAUUUUGCUGUCAGCUACCUCCCUGCUAGAACUUGACCUGGGUGACAAUGAGCUGGGAGAUUCUGGAGUUCAGCUUCUUUCUAAGGGACUGUCUAGUCCUCACUGUAAACUACAGGCAUUAAGACUUACAGCCUGUAAACUCACACAUAAGUCCUGUACGAUUGUGGCCACAUGUCUGCAGUCAGCUACCUCUCUGCUAGAGCUGGACCUGGGUGACAAUGAGCUGGGAGAUUCUGGAGUUCAGCUUCUUUCUAAGGGACUGUCUAGUCCUCACUGUAAACUGCAGACAUUAAGGUUGUCUGGUUGUCUGAUCACACACAAGGGCUGUUCUUUCCUGGCCUCUGCCCUCAAAUCAAACCCCUCCUACCUGAAAGAGUUGGAUCUGAACAACAACCACCUGGGAUACUCAGGUGUCAGAGAGCUCACAUACACACUGAAUGAUCAAAACUCUAAACUAGAGACAUUCAGGUGAGUGUUGGGUGUUUAUCUGGGUGUAUAUAACAUUUUAAACAGUUACUGGGGGCACCAAGACUCUGGUUGUAGGAGGGAGAUUUUCACUAAGACUACCAAGUCCGGACUGCCGGAGGUGCUUCUUCUUUCUAUUCCUACGUGGAUGUGCAUGUUGCUCCUCUUUCUAAACUCCAAGAUUUCAUGGGUUCCCAUGUUUUGCUAGUAUCACCAGUCAGAAGCCACUUCUAUUACCCUCAUCUUCUCUCAAUCACAACAUGCUGCAGCCAGGGCUGAUAGAUGUCUGACAGCAGCACUGACUGCCAUCUCAACCAUAGCUUUGCAGCAGUGCUGUGGGUGGAUCCAGUUGAGCCUAUAGAAUUAAAUAUGGUACAGAACAGAUAGUUUGCUUUUAUUUAUUCCUCCUCAGCAGACAGCAUAUCAUGAAUUGACUAAAAAAAGUGCCAUUUUUGCUUCACAUUUAUUUCUCUAAAACGACAACUCAGUAAUCAUCUAUGGCAUGUCUAGUGUUGCAAAUAAUGAAAUGUUUUAUUGGAUAUUCUAAAUCUACAGUUAAAGGGAUAUUGGUUAAACUUGAUGGAGCCAAUCCAGAAAAAAAGUGUAAUAAUGUUUAAUGUACCAUCAUCUUAACAGAAAAUCAAGUUUGGAGGAAGUUAACUGUGAAGUUUCUGAUGUGUAAAUUGAAAUGAAUCCAUAGCAACCCAUAGACCUACUUCCUGCCAUUCAAUCGCAAUAAUGAAACUUUGUACAAACAUAAAAGACAACCACAAUAAUAGCAAAUCAGAAAUAUGUUCCAAUUGUUUAUGCUUGGACUUUGUAUUUAAAGGACAAAAUGUUUUGCACUGAAACUGCUCUUUUAUCUAUGACUGAAGCAUUGAGAGUCGUGAAGGCUUCUGCUCAGUCAAGCAGCCUUUGACAUAGUGAACCAUGACAUCCUCUUCUCUAUGCUUUCCAAACCGUGAAUUGUGGAGAAAACUGUCAGAGACUUCAGGAGACACAAAAGUAGUAGAAUUGAUGAUGAAUGAUUUAUUCUGAGAGCCAAAGCCGAGAGAACAGUGAAAAAACAAGGGCAAAACAAAGAAAAAUGGGAUUAUAAAGCACAAAAUAUCUAACAUAAAAAACGGGAAAAGCACAGAAGAUAAUGUCCAAAAACGGGAAAAACACUGUUAGGGUUGCAGAAAAAGAGACAAUUGCAGACCAGAUGCAAAUGAGAAUUUUUUAUUUAUUUUACAAAGAGUUAAACAAAGGUCAACACGCAAAGAUCCAGACAAACUUAGAAUUCCAAAAAGACAAAGCACAGAAGAUCCAAAACGUAGGUAAA